AUGAGACCACUCUUGCUCUUACUGCUCUCCUUCCACAGCUCCUUGGCGUUCCAGGGAAAUUAUGUUAACUCGCUACGCAGUCCGUACCUAGUGAGGAACAAGGGUUCCAUUCAUCACUGGAGAACGACGGCAGUGGACGUAACUGAGGGGCAACCAGAUGAUAAUGAGGAUAUUGGAAGCCUUAAGAAGGGAUUGACAAAAGAAUUCUUUUCCAUUGGUAUCCCUGCCUUUGUUCAGCUUGCAGCUGAGCCUCUUGCUGCAUUAGUGGAUACGGCGUAUCUCGGACGCUUAGGACCAGAGGUUCUUGGAGGUGCUGGGGUUGCAGUCUCAGCACAGUAUGCUGUUUCCAAAUUAUACAAUGAUCCGCUGUUAAGAUCAAGUAUCUCAUUGGUCGCUUCGCAAGAUGGAAAAGCGAGAGGCAAAGAUGCAGAUAUUGACCAGGCGAAGCAACUUUCUAUCGCCGUCUCCUCGGCACUUCUCCUAGCUUUUUGUGUUGGUACAGUUCAGUUGGUUAUCUACACCAUUUUGGGAAGCUCAAUCAUCAGAGGUAUGGGACUGUCGCCGGCAUCACCCAUGUGGGAAUCUGCUGUGAGCUAUUUGAAAGUUCGUGCCUUAGGUACUCCUGCAGCGACGCUUUGGCUGGUAACCAAUGGUAUCUUUCGAGGACUUGGAGAUACACGCACGCCGCUGAUCUACAGUUUAAUGUUUACAGGUUUGAACAUCAUUCUUGACCCCUUUUUCAUCUUUACUCUCAAAUUUGGGGCAUCUGGUGCAGCUGCUGGUACCGCUAUUGCACAAUACGCAGCAUUAAUCCCUUUGAUGCUUGCCUUGAACAGGAAGGUCAAAAUUGAUGUAUUGGGACAAGUCAAGGAACUUGGAUCCUCGCUCAAAGCAUAUCUCAGGGCUGGAAGCCUUAUCCUAUUCAGAACUCUGGGAAAAGUUCUCGCUUAUUCAGUGUGUGCCCGUCAAGCUGCACUCCUUGGGACAGUUUCUGCUGCGGCGUACAACCUAACCUUCCAACUUGGGUUUGCUACUACCCAAAUCUGCGAGGCAGUGGCUGUGGCAGUCCAGACUCUACUUGCUCGAGAGCUAUCAGAUACAACCACGUACUCAAAAAGGACAAAAGCCAAGCUCGUACGUCACCUCAUCAACACAUCUCUCUUGGUUGGUGGUGGCGUUGCAGCAACGCUUUCAAUGACCACAUUUUGGCAGAUGGAUUCUGUCUUGCGAGGCCUCACUACCAAUGUAGCCGUUCAGGAAGCAUGCAGAGUGAUCUUCCCUGCCGUGCUUGUCACGCAAGUUUUCAAGGGACUUGCUUACCCUGUCAAUGGAAUUGUUAUGGGCGGUCUUGACUGGCUCUUCACGAUGGGCGCAAUGUGGACUGCGAACAUUGUCUGUGUCGGUAUGAUCAAGGGCUGGAGCUUGAAUGGAGCCGUUAGUCUUGGUCAAAUAUGGUGGGCUCUAGCUGCUUUCAUGGGCACUCAGGUGGUAACUGGAAUCAUACGGUAUCAAAGCAAGACAGGGGUUUGGGCAGUCCUAAAAGCUGAGUCAGAAUAA